UGGCGACAGGGAUGCCGUGCAUGUUAUCUUGUGUUAGGUUCGUUAGGCUCGUUAGCCUGACGACAGUGGAGUGCUAGCCCGAGAGGUCUGUCGCGUGCGGUUGUUCCACUGCACAUCUUCUGUCUACAUGGUUUAGACCUGCCCAUCUGCUCUGGGUCCAGGCACGGUCCCUUUUAUGCACGACUCCCACUGGAGGGAGUGCUGGGCUGACCCAAGAGCGUCGCCUCAAGCCAAGAUCCGAGUUUGCCUCAAUAGUGGAUUCCAGAGUGUAUAUCUUUACCAGAUGGCCCCUCCCGGCGUUUAGGAUUUGCCCUUCGGCUCCCGCCUCCAUCUUCACUCGGCAGGUUUUUCUCUCAAGUUGUUAUGCAUCAUGUCUGAACACGAUCCAAAGACGGUCGGAUACGACGAGAAGCCGGCGAAUGCUUUCGCGUCUGACCCGAACGACGACUCCGUGGAAGGCGAAGUACACGACAAUGUCGACUACCUCCAUCGUCGUCUUGGAAACAGGCAGAUCCAGCUCAUGGCCAUCGGAGGCUCCAUUGGCACCGCCCUGUUCGUGAGCAUCAACACCGGUCUGUACCAAGGUGGACCAGGCUCCCUUUUCUUAGCAUACACAAUCUACAGCAUCAUGCUGGGAUUUGUCAACAACUCCAUUGCUGAAAUGACCGUCUAUCAGCCCGUUUCUGGAGGCUUCAUUCGACUUGCGGGAAAGUGGGUUGACGAGGCAUUUGGCUUCAUGGCGGGAUGGAACUUCUACUUCUACGAGGCGCUUCUAAUUCCGUUCGAAAUCACGGCGCUGUGCACUGUCUUGUCCUAUUGGCGCGACGACAUCCCAGCUGCUGCUGUCAUUUCCGUCUGUAUUUUCCUCUACGCCUGCUUGAACAUCCUGGCCGUGAAGAUCUACGGCGAGGCAGAGUUCUGGCUGUCUGGUGGAAAGGCUAUUCUAAUCCUGAUCCUGUUUGCUUUUACCUUCGUCACCAUGGUUGGAGGCAAUCCAAAGCAUGACGCGUACGGCUUUCGAUACUGGAAGAACCCCGGCGCCUUCCUCGAGUACCGUACCACUGGCGAUCUCGGACGUUUUGAAGGAUUUCUUGCGGCUCUCUGGUCUGCGUCGUUCACCGUGGUUGGCCCAGAGUACAUUUCCAUGGUCGCAGCUGAGGCGAAGCGCCCUCGUAUCUACAUCAAGAGCGCAUUUAAGACUGUCUAUUUCAGAUUUGGACUCUUCUUCAUCGGUGGUGCCCUUGCCGUCGGCAUUGUAUGCUCUGCCCGGGACCCUACUCUUGUAGCCAUAAAAACUGGCAAGGCUGGAGGCGCCGGUACUGCAUCUGCCUCUCCCUACGUCAUUGCCAUGACGAAUUUGGGAAUCGAGGGCCUUCCUCAUCUUGUCAAUGCGUUGAUGGUAACCAGCAUUUUCUCCGCUGGUAACACGUACACGUACUGCUCCACACGAAACCUGUACGGCCUGGCUUUGGAAGGUCGUGCACCGUCCUUCUUCAAAAAGUGCUGGAAGAACGGUGUGCCAUUUUACGCCUUCCUUUUCACAAUGUGCUUCCCUUGCUUGGCCUUCCUCCAGCUCGGCAACAGCUCCAACACUGUGCUUGGAUGGCUGAUCAAUCUGAUCACAGCUGGAGGUGUGAUUGACUACAUCGUCAUGUGCAUCACUUACCUCUGCUUCUGGCGUGCUAUGAAAGUUCAGGGCUUCGACCGUCGCAAGCUUCCCUACGUGGGUUGGUUCCAGCCCUACUCCGCCUGGAUUGGACUGGUUUGGAUGGUCUUCAUCGUUUUCACGUACGGAUAUUCAUCCUUCAAGCCCUGGUCGCUUGACGAUUUCUGGAUCUACUACACUAUGGUUGUUGCCGCACCUGUGCUUUUCAUCUUUUGGAAGGUCGUUAAGCGCACCAAGUUCGUAAAGUCAUCUGAGUUGGAUCUCGUCUGGCAGGCACCUGCGGUGGAUGCAUACGAGGCGACAUUCUACGAGAAACCUCUAGGGUUCUGGAUAGAGAUGGCUCAACUAAUCGGUCUCAAGAGGAACGUUGGUGGAGAUCAUCGUCGUGGAAGCGUAGCAUAACUUCGUGGUAGAAACGAAAAGUGGCUCGAUGUUCCAAUGAUUGCACGACAGUACGAGGAUCAUUCUCGUCUGCGAGAUACCCUGCUCUGAAUCGACGUGCUCACUGUAUUUAUGUGUUCGUACCACGACCAUUCAAUAACAUGCUAGUUCGAUUCAGAUUCACUUUCAACAUGAGUGCGUAGACUGAAUAUGCCGGGAGAUACUCUAGCGGUCUUUCUGCACGAGCCUGAAAAGCCAUCAAUUAAUAGGCGCCAUCUUUAG